ACGUUUCCCAGAAUCCCAUCCGCUAUUGCUCCGCGAGGUCAGGGGAAUCGUCAGCACACACGAGGACUCAUUCCGACUUCCGAGAGCUUAGUUAAACCUCCCUUUUCUCUCUUCCCUCCGCUGCGAGACACCGGCUGUUUGAUUUCAACCAAACAGGGGGGAAGGCCAUAGUCCACUGACAGAAAGUUCAACGGCGCACGGGGUGAACUGACCAGCGGCUAAGGCCGGGCACGAAAGUGAUCAAGUUCGUGGCUUUAAAGCGUGCGUGUGUGGAACAGCUGUGUGGCGAUGGAGGCGAUAGACACUGCCCCUGAUUCCUGGGAUCAGGAGGACGAUGGCGAGGCCCAGGUCGACGAGCAACUUUCCAAUGCUUUUACUACCAGCCUAAACGUGGAGGCCAAGCCGUUUGUCCCCAACGUGCACGCCGCAGAAUUCGUCCCGACCUUCCGACAGAAGGACUCCGAUGAAACGGUGGAGUCAGCGGGUCCUGAUACAGAUGCCAAUGUGGAAGUAUCAGAGCCUGAGGCUCCGCCCAUGGAGAACGGUGAUGCGGAGAUGGGAGCAGAUGACACCUGGGAGCAGAAAGGGGGUGAGCCCAGCAAGGCUGAGGCAGAGCCAGGAGGCAGCCCUGGAGGAGAUGGGGGUCAGGCUGAAGAAGACUCCCCUCAAGAGGAAGGAAUGGAGGAGGAGGAGGAGGAAGUAGUGCCAACACCUAAAGUAGUCCCCGCACAGCCAAAUACCCCCAAGAAGGAACAUGUUAACGUGGUCUUCAUUGGCCAUGUCGAUGCUGGCAAGUCAACUAUUGGAGGACAAAUCAUGUAUUUAACAGGAAUGGUGGAUAAACGAACUCUGGAGAAGUAUGAGAAAGAAGCCAAGGAGAAGAACCGUGAAACUUGGUACCUCUCUUGGGCCCUUGACACAAACCAGGAGGAAAGAGACAAAGGAAAAACUGUGGAAGUCGGACGUGCGUACUUUGAGACCGAGAAAAAGCACUUUACCAUUCUGGAUGCACCAGGCCACAAAAGCUUCGUGCCCAACAUGAUUGGUGGAGCUUCACAAGCUGACUUGGCAGUGCUGGUAAUCUCUGCAAGGAAAGGAGAGUUUGAGACGGGCUUUGAGAAAGGUGGCCAGACGCGGGAACAUGCCAUGUUGGCCAAAACUGCUGGAGUCAAGCAUUUGAUUGUACUUGUAAACAAAAUGGAUGAUCCAACAGUGAACUGGAGUUUGGAGAGGUCAGACAUUUAUAUACAAAGGCUGUUGGUCUUGUAUUUUAUCUCUUUUAUUAUUUUAGGGAAAUUUUUUACACUGUUUGCACAUAGGUACGAAGAAUGUAAGGAGAAACUUGUUCCAUUUUUGAAGAAAGUUGGGUUCAACCCCAGGAAAGAUGUUCAUUUCAUGCCGUGUUCGGGACUUACUGGGGCCAAUCUGAAGGAGCCAGCAGAGUACUGCCCUUGGUAUACAGGGUUACCAUUCAUUCCACAUCUGGACAGUUUGCCAAAUUUCAACAGAUCAAAUGAUGGACCAGUCAGGUUACCCAUAGUAGACAAAUAUAAGGACAUGGGCACUGUGGUAUUGGGGAAAUUGGAGUCUGGAUCAAUCAGCAAAGCUCAGCAACUUAUGAUGAUGCCCAACAGGCACACUGUGGAGGUGCUGAGUUUGCUUUCUGACGAUGUUGAAACCGAUGAUGCCGCCCCGGGAGAGAACUUGAAGUUGCGACUCAAAGGCAUUGAAGAAGAGGAGAUCUUGCCAGGCUUCAUCCUCUGUAAUGCUGAGAACCUUUGCCACACUGGGCGCACCUUUGAUGCCCAGAUAGUCAUCAUUGAACACAAGUCAAUCAUCUGCCCAGGUUACAAUGCAGUUCUUCAUAUCCACACCUGCAUUGAAGAAGUGCAAAUUACGGCCUUAAUCUGUCUGGUAGACAAAAAGACGGGGGACAAGAGCAAAACACGACCGCGCUUCGUCAAACAAGACCAGGUGUGCAUUGCUCGUCUGAGAACAGCUGGGACCAUCUGCCUUGAGACCUUCAAAGAUUUCCCUCAAAUGGGACGUUUCACCUUACGAGAUGAAGGGAAAACCAUUGCCAUUGGAAAAGUGUUGAAACUUGUUGCUGAGAAGGACUGAAAAGAAUGAUUGGUGGUUCUGAAACGACUGACCGAGGCGGAGGCAGAUGCUGCUUCAGCUGCAGCACACUUCAUAGCCCUCCUGUCCUUUCUCCUCUCCGCCUCCCGAAGACCAGCUUGAAAAACUUAUCUUAAAGAAAUCAGUUUUUAAGCAAAUGAAAUCAAGUCCACAUGUGUCAGCUUUCUCAUAUUGAGAGCUCAGCGAUGCCAUUGUUCUAGGUUCUCCCCCAUGACCUGUUCUUCAUCAGUCUCACACGUUGAACGGCAAGAGAUCUAGCUCUCUUCCAAACCUUUUAUUUUUUAUAAUUUUUCUUUUUGCUUCCAUCAGAGAAAUAUAAUGGCAGCAGUUACAGUAAAUGUAUGUGGACCAAGAUUUGCUUGUUAACAUAAAAUGAUUUGAGCAAAAAAGUUUGAAUGAAUAACCAAUUGAAACCAAAAUGUUAUAUAUCUUGGUUGUACAUGUCUCCCAUUGCUUAUUCCCAUUUUGGUUUCGGUUCACAUAACGUUCUUGCAAAGUGCAUGAGCGUGUUCACGUUAUUAAAGCAUCUUCUAUGACAAUAAAAUAUAAAAUUGGGAAA